AUGUCGGCAUUCAAGCAGCAGACGCUCAAGGCGUGGCAGCCCAUCCUCACGCCCAAGACCGUCAUUCCGUCGUUUUUCAUCAUCGGCAUCAUCUUUGUCCCGCUCGGCGUCCUUCUGCUCGUGGCGUCCAACUCGGUCAUCGAAGUCAAGGCCGACUACACGGAUGGGUGCAUUCCCCGUCCAACGCCGAUGGCACGCUCGGCGUGUCAAACUGCACCGUCUCGAUGA